AAUACCAGAAACCACAUCGCGAAUAUGUUUGAGAGUGACAGGCACUUUUCGCAUCUCAGCACUUUGGAGAGGGAGCUAACUUUCAGAACGGAAAUGGGUCUGUACUACUCCUACUUCAAAACGAUAGCUCAAGCACCCACUUUCAUCAGCGGUAUGAAGCAGAUCAUGUUCGAUACGGUGACAGAGUACCCUCUGACUAUUAACACACUCAAGAGGUUUAAUCUAUACCCAGAGGUCUUGUUAGGUGCGAUGUAUCGAAUUUACGAGUGGCUGGCCAAAAUGUUAAAGUACCAGACCAUGGUUUGCUACAGUGUUAACAGAGGGAAAAAUUUAUCCCCGGUUCAAAGUUGCGAAGGUCUCGGCGAGAAGCCGUACUUCUACGUGGAGGCGGUAUUUCUACUGAACGGGCUGAACAUGGGACUGUUCUUUCUCUUUGGAUGGUACUUGAGUGGCUCAUAUUUUGGAGGAUUGAUAACUGUUCUGUGCUUUUUCUUCAAUCAUGGAGAGUGCACUAGAGUACAAUGGACGCCUCCGCUUAGAGAAAGUUUCGCCUACCCAUUCCUCGUUCUGCAAAUGUUCCUCGUUACCAAAACUAUCAAAUCAGGGAAAACAUCCUUUAAGACGCACAGCCUCCCGAUAGCGGUAGCCACAACAUGCUUCAUGCUACCCUGGCAGUUUGCUCAGUUCGCCUUGUUGAUGCAGACCCUUUCGGUGUAUGCCACUUACUUACUCGGCCUUAUCAGGUCAGCCACUCUGCAAGUUAUCAUCGCUGGUCAAUCGUUGGGCCUUCUCGUCUCAGUCCUCUUCCUGUUCGCCAAUGAGAUGCUCGUGACCUCAUUCUUCUCCUCCUCAUUGGUCUCUAUUUGGAUAAUACUCUACACUGAAAAGUAUUUAAACAAGUUAAAUCUUCCACAUCUGUUCAAAAGCAUAAUUCAGGGUUUGUCGUUAUUGGCGAUGACAUUCUACAUAAAGAUCAUCAUCUCGAAACUACUAAAUGUUACUGAUGAUGAACAUAUAGGCGAUUUAUUCAGAAGCAAGUUCAGUAACUUCCAGAACUUCCACACGCAGCUCUAUGUCUGCGCACCCGAGUUCGAUUUCAUGGAGCUCGCUACGCCAAUUAGGUUGACAAAAACAUUACUGUUGCCUUGCAGUACCUUUAUCACACUCGUCAUCAUCAUCAAGGUGUGUUUGUUUGUUUGUCUAUUAUCACCAUCAUCAUCAUCACAUUCCUCCAACCCAUCAUCGUCAUCAUCACCGCCGGACCUCGAACAAGCAUCAUUCGUUUACCACACAUUCCAACUAUCUGCCUACUCGGCCAUGGCUAUCAUUAUCAUGAGGCUCAAGCUUUUUUGGACGCCCCACCUCUGCUUGAUGACGUCAUUGCUGGCCAAUCAGCGACUCCUGCCAUGGUUGGGCAGCAGGUACAAACACUUUAGCAUAAUCGCAUGCAUCGCCGCCCUCAUGGGCUGCCAGGGCGUGGUCAACUUGAGGCAGCAGUGGAGCGUUCAGGGAGAGUUCAGCAACAUUCAGAUGGAAGAAAUGAUUGAGUGGAUCAACCAUAGAACGCCUCGAGAUGCAGUCUUCGCCGGUCCAAUGCCGACGAUGGCGACAGUUAAGUUGUGCACAGGGCGGCCUAUUGUCAAUCAUCCCCAUUAUGAAGAUGCCGGCCUGAGGAAUCGAACCCGGAUGGUGUACACUGUGUUCAGUCGCAAAAGUUCAGAGUUGAUGUACAGGAUAUUCACUGAAAUGAAAGUGCAAUACUUCAUCGUUGAGGAACAAUGGUGCCUGAGAAGAUCCAAACCCGGUUGCGGCAUGACGGAUAUAUGGGACAUGGAGGACCGGGAUAACCUUGCGUUCGAACCCCUGUGCAAAAGAUUGUACGACGACCCCUCCCCCUAUUUUGUCAAAGUUUUUAAGAAUAACGUCUAUGAUAUCUUCAGAGUUCUCGAUAACAACAAAGUGAAUAAGAAUAGCAAUAAUAAUAACAACAACAAUAAUAAUAAUGAUAAUGAUGAUGAUGAUGAUGUUAAAAGCAAAGUUAACGAAGUCAACGACGGCAUUAAUGUUGUCGAUAUUGACGAUGACGUCAGUCUGGAUGGUGACGAUGAACUUGGUGGUGGUUAUGGCAAUGAUGCUGCUAGAUGAUGGUGGUGAUGGUGAUGCUAUAUGAUGAUGAUGAUGAUGAUGAUGAUGAUGGGGGUGAUGAUGAUAAUGAUUAUAAGUGAUUAUUUUUCAUCUAUAUGCGAAGGCAUUUUUACUGGGAAAAAUCAAUUUCAUUUUGAAAAUAUUG